AGAUAAUAUAAAAAUGGCCGCGGUGAAUGAGGAAAAUGGCAUGGCUAUGCACACUGUGGGGGAGACAUCGGGAUCCUCGUUGGCCCGUCAGAAAUUGGAGAGCCUGUUGAACAAGAGUAUGAGAAUCCGUAUGACUGACGGAAGAACGCUUGUGGGGCUGUUCCUCUGUACUGACCGCGACUGCAACGUCAUUCUGGGGUCUGCACAGGAGUUCCUGAAGUCGACAGAUUCGUUUUCGCAGGGAGAGCCCAGGGUGCUGGGCCUGGCCAUGAUCCCCGGUCACCACGUUGUGUCCAUCGAGGUGGAGGCUGACAGCCUCCUGGGGUCGCGGGGAAUCUGAGGGGAGGAGCCCCGGUGAUGGGCGGAAAACUGGACAUGCCCACCUGCGAUGCCCCAGAGUGCAAGCCUGGCCCCAGGAGUGGGGCGGAGUUUACAACACAAUGACCUGCUGCCUCAACAGUCUCCGAGUUCAGCCCAGAAGCAGUACAGACACACACCCACACACACAGGGGACUGCUCAUACAGACUCAGAGUGUGGCCAUCAUGUUGUGGCCAUCAGAGGUAUCUAAUCAUAUGCCACUCACCCCAGCCUUCAAAUCCAGCGUGAGCCAGAAUGGACCCAUGUAGACCAUAUCGCUAUGGGAUCCUAGUACUCAAGUGGCGGCGUCUGGGGGCAAGUGUUUGUGCCUGCGAAUUUGAAGCAGAAGCUGCUUUUCCGGAUGCAGUCCUACAGAAGAGUGUUUGUGGGGUGGGGUGGACGGGGGGCAGCUGUCAUGUUGUUGUAUUUUGCACAUUUUUUAUUGACUGUGCUGAACCUUUACCUUGUGUGUUUACCACUGCAUUGAAAAUAAAUAUAUUUAAAAAGCUG